UUAAUAAUAGAAGAAAGGGUUUAAGGCUAAUAACACAAGACUGCGUCUUCAAGCGAUCGAUGGCCACAAUCUUCUUCUGCUUAAGCUUUCCUUCUCAGGCAGACCCACUUGCUUGAAACUAGCUCGGUGCGAUAACGACAAAAUUCGCCACCAUAAACCCUAUUUUUAAUCUCCGACUCUGUGGACACUUCUCCUUCAAGCUGGGUAGAUUAAGUUCGCUUAUGGCCAUGGGGGUUUCUCUUACUUCCCACAAUAACCCUCUUCUUCGCCACUUAUCUCCUUCCUCUUCUUGGGUUUCUCGUUCCUCCUCUCGCUUCUCUUCUUCUCCACUCCCUUCCUUCCUCUUUCCUUGCCGUAGAACCCUUCUUCAAAGGAAAUUAUCUUCCACAGAGGGAAAUGUCGGUUAUUCGACUACUACAGUUUGUCAGGGAUUUCAGCAUCCGGGUCAUCAACGGUCAUCUUCUGUUGUGCUUAACGGAGAGUGGGAACUUCGAUCCGAAUCCAACAAGGUAAGGAUGGUUCCUAAGAUAAUCAAGGUGGGAAAUCAGACGGAAGUUGCUGAAACUCAUCAAGUUCCUGGAACUGUAAGUGCUUGGAGGGAAGAAGCAAAUAAGCUUAGAGAAAGAAAUGGUCAGAUUGCUAGAAACCUCGAUGACAGUGGUUAUUUCAAUGGCUCUGUCCCAAUUAUAUCUAGUGCUCCGUCUUAUGAAACCUCUCAGAAGAUUGAUUAUGAGUUCAAACCCAGAGGUAACACUACUGCUACACUCAAUAAGGAAUUGAUUGGCGUUACCCAAUCUGAACCUGUUGUGUCAUUGCCAAGCAAGAGUUUAGAUGUUGGGGAUAAUAUGGAUGUAAAUCCUAGUGGAGAGGGAAAACGGAGACCUCUUAUAAGCGGGAAGUCUUCUGGCACCGCAAACAGCAACAGGAAUACAGUUGCCAUUUCCAAAGUGGAGAAAAGCACUGAACCUUCCAAUGUCCGUGAAAACCUUAGGAAAAUAUAUGACAAGGUUCUCGUUGUUGAUAAUGUGCAAGCUGCGAAAGAUACCGUGGCUAAGCUCGUGAAUCAGUAUAGGAAUCAUGUCCAUUCUUGUGAUACAGAGGUGUCCGGGAUUGAGGUGAAGGAAGAAACGCCUGUCGACCACGGUGAAUUAAUAUGUUUCAGUAUUUACUGUGGGCCAGAAGCAGAUUUUGGGUAUGGAAAAUCGUGCAUCUGGGUUGAUGUUCUUGGUGAAAAUGGCAGGGAGGUGUUGGCCGAGUUUAAACCGUAUUUUGAAGACUCGUUCAUCAGAAAAGUCUGGCACAACUACAGUUUCGAUAGCCACAUCAUUAGGAACCAUGGAAUUGAGAUUUCUGGUUUUCAUGCCGACACUAUGCACAUGGCACGAUUAUGGGAUUCUGCACGACGGAUAGAGGGUGGUUAUUCGCUUGAAGCGCUUACAAGUGACCCAAAAGUUCUUGGGGGCACACAGACGAAGGAGGAAGCUGAUUUCCUUGGUAAAAUUUCGAUGAAGACUAUUUUUGGCAAACGGAAACUGAAAAAAGAUGGAUCUGAAGGGAAAAUGGUUGUCAUUCCCCCUGUCGAAGAGCUUCAGCGAGAAGAUCGAGAGGCUUGGAUUUCAUAUUCUGCCUUGGAUGCGAUAAGCACACUAAAGCUUUACGAGAGCAUGACAAAGAAACUGCAAAUGAUGGAUUGGCGUCUUGAUGGAAAGCCAGUUUUAGAAAGGACAAUGUUGGAUUUUUACCAUGAGUUCUGGCGACCCUUUGGUGAACUUCUUGUAAAAAUGGAAGCAGAAGGGAUACUUGUAGAUAGAGAGUAUCUUGCUGAGAUAGAGAAAGUAGCCAAAGCCGAACAACAAGUUGCUGGUAGUAGGUUUCGUAAUUGGGCAUCUAAGUAUUGCCCCGAUGCAAAGUAUAUGAAUAUUGGCAGUGACACACAAUUGCGUCAGCUCUUUUUUGGUGGCAUUUCCAACAGUGUGAAUGGCGAGGUGCUUCCAGUUGAAAAGCUCUUCAAAAUUCCCAAUAUUGAUAAGGUUAUUGAAGUAGGCAAAAAAACAGCGACGAAGUUUCGAAACAUCAAACUGCAUAGGAUAAGUGACAGCCCACUGUCAACUGAAAAUUUAACUGCCAGUGGUUGGCCCUCUAUAAGUGGGGAUGUUUUGAAAGAGUUAGCUGGGAAAGUUUCCGCUGAAUACGACUUUAUGGAAGAUGUUUCAGAUAUUUCUCUGGAAGAAGUUGCUGAGGAUAAUGAUGCAGAUCAAACUUCAAAAACACAAAAGUCCAAGACAGAUGUUCAAACCGACACAUCCGCUUAUGGAAUAGCAUAUGUUGCCUUCGGAGGGGGUGAAAGGGGAAAGGAGGCAUGUCAUGCUAUUGCGUCAUUAUGUGAAGUUUGCUCAAUAGAUGCUUUAAUCUCAAAUUUCAUUCUUCCCUUACAGGGAAGUAAUGUAUCAGGCAAAGAUGGUCGCGUCCAUUGCUCCCUGAAUAUCAAUACAGAAACUGGGCGCUUAUCAGCUAGAAGGCCAAAUUUGCAGAACCAACCUGCUUUGGAGAAGGAUCGGUACAAGAUUCGUAAGGCCUUUGUAGCAUCACCUGGAAAUACACUCGUUGUGGCUGAUUAUGGGCAGUUGGAACUUAGAAUUCUGGCACAUCUUACUGGUUGUAAAAGCAUGAUGGAAGCUUUUAAAGCAGGCGGAGAUUUCCACUCAAGGACAGCCAUGAAUAUGUAUCCACAUAUUCGUGAAGCUGUAGAAAAUGGGCAAGUGAUCCUUGAAUGGCAUCCACAACCUGGGGAAGACAAGCCACCCGUGCCGUUGUUAAAGGAUGCCUUUGGCUCAGAGAGAAGAAAAGCCAAGAUGCUUAACUUUUCAAUUGCGUAUGGGAAAACCGCGAUCGGGCUUUCUAGAGAUUGGAAGGUCUCAGUUGAAGAGGCUCAGGACACAGUCAAACUCUGGUACAAUGACAGGCAAGAAGUAAGGAAAUGGCAAGAAAGGCGUAAGAAAGAAGCUAUAGAAGAUGGGUAUGUACGCACUUUACUAGGAAGGUCUCGUAGAUUUCCGAGGUAUAAGUCACGUGCGCAGAAGAAUCAUAUCCAAAGAGCAGCAAUCAACACUCCAGUCCAGGGAAGUGCAGCUGAUGUUGCCAUGUGUGCAAUGUUGGAAAUAUCGACAAAUCAACAGUUGAAGAAGCUUGGUUGGAGAUUGCUUCUACAGAUUCAUGAUGAAGUAAUCUUGGAAGGGCCAAUUGAAUCAGCGGAGAUCGCCAAGGACAUAGUUGUGGACUGUAUGUCUAAACCCUUUAACGGAAGGAAUAUUCUCUCUGUCGAUUUAUCUGUUGAUGCAAAAUGUGCUCAGAACUGGUAUGCUGCCAAAUAGAAGCCUAGAGACCAGUCGUAGAAGAACAGUUGAAGGAAGAGAUUUUUUGGGUGUAUUAAUGUUUGGUUUUGUCGGCUCUUAUUUUUGUAAAUUUUAGAAAGGCUUGAGAACAUUGAGCUGUGUAAAUUGUUUUAUCAACUCUAAUCCUCUAACUUGACGAUGUUUGAAUGCAAAUGUGGUUUAAGUAACUUAAGAACAAUCAUGAUAUUAAUGUUGUGGAUGGCUUUGUGUAAAAUGAAAAGAAUUUGAAUAGA